AUGGCUGCCAUGUCGUCCAGCGAUCUUCCAGCAAACAUACUUCUGUCACGUUCACAGCCUCUUAGCCCAUGGCUUCAAGAAAUCAUCCGAACAAAGCUUAGCGAACUGAACUUGUCCGGUACCAGCGUUCGUGAAGAAAAUGAUGCUACUGUUCCCGACUUAGGGCUUAGAUCACAGCCUUUAUCGACGCCCGGAGAUGGCGGUUCUCCUUGGGCACUCUUACAACAGCCUUCUGGUCCCACACCUGCGCCUUCAGUCCAGGCAGAUAAAAAGCCUGCGCAUACUUCUAGCUGCAGGCUAGUCGAGAUUGGGGAGUUCCUUGUUGAUAUGAUGGCUUUAACCUCGAAGAUAGCCUCUGCCUUGGUCGAGGCAGAAGAUAUAAAAACUUAUAUCGAGGCUCAUAUCCAACAACUAAAUGAAAUGCAUCAUCUUUCCGAUAUGGAUAUGGUUACAUAUAUGAGUGAGAAGGAGCGUGACCUCAAUACACUUGCAACUAGACUUGAGGAAAUGGCCAAUGAAACAUCAAUGGUCUGGCGGCGAAGCCCCAACCCGCCCCAUCACAUGGGGGAUGUACUACAGACAGCAUCUGCUGCCAUGGUUUCUUGCAGGUCAAACAACAAUUCUUCAACUGGUAGUCAGAUUAACCCAAAUUGUGCAAUGGGGCCUGACUUCAACUCAGGAUCACCUACGCCUACGGUUUCGUGGAGCUCGAGCACGAACAAUGCAGCGGAGGAAACAGCCUUUCCAGUAUCUAUGGAAGCCUUCCAAAACACGUACCCCAACCUCAACAGACGUGGGGUGGGGAACUGGGUAUGCCCAUAUGGUGAAAAAUGCACAAAGGGCGGAUUCCGCGAUGGAAAGGUUGUUAUAUUUGGGCGGAAUUCCUCCUUUAAGUAA